AUGGCCUCUCGUUACUCUACCCCACUCCUAUCCUCCACCCAGAAACAAUUCAGGCUCAAGACAACUCGCGCUAGCGCCCUGGGCAGAUAUCCGAGGAUAAAAUAUGCCAUAUCUGCUCUCCUACUCCUCUCGCUCUUCUCCUUCAUGCACAACGAAGACGGCGUGCGCAAGUUCGCCGUGUACUACGCCGCCUCUCUUUUUCCGCAACCUCCUGAUGAGUUUCGACCGCCGAUCUACACAGAGCUCAGAGAAUGGGAGAAGAACCUGCCGCAACACAAUCCAGAUCUUCCUUUUCCUGAAGGCAAGGACGGCCGUUACGUCCUUUUCUCCAACUCUCGGGUCAACCUCUUGGGGUGGAACAACAAACUCAACGACAUGCUUCUCAACACUUGGCUAGCGCACGCGUCGAACCGCGCGUAUGUCUUCCACGACUUUGCCUGGGCAGAGACGCACUAUCCCUGGCCCGUCUCGUCUUACCGCGAAUGGCACCCGCGCACGCCCCUAAACGCGCUCUUUGCCGGGCCGUCCUCUGGCGCACCGUGGGAGCCGACCGACAACGCGCCUCGCGCGGUCGCCCUCUCGUACUUCGAUGAGGUGUGCCCAGAGGCUGAGCGCCGGAAGAUAAAUACGCGCGACGUCAAGCCAGCGCUCGAAAACGCUGAUGGAAGGGUUAUUUUCGAGACGUGGAGCACCUUGCUGAGUGAGGCGUCCGAGCGCUGCAUCGAGAUCGUGGCGCCUUCCCAGGAAGAGGACGCUUGGCCAGAGGUUUGGGAUAUGUGGUUCUGGGGAAGUGAGAGGAGUAUUUCGUUGUGGGACGCCUUUAUCGCGUCGCCCGUUUCGCGCUUGUUGGGGACGUCGCCGAUAGUGCAGUCUGCGAUCGAUGAUAAUUUGGGGCUGUUCAUUCCCUCGACCCCGGCGCCUCUAUUAUCUUCUUCCCUAUCGCCCUCAAAUGAGCAUGCGACCUCUUCUACUGGGUCGCGACGCGCUAUCGACCCGUUUGCCCAUGUAUUCGCGAUCCACGUACGCCGAGGGGACUUCAAGGAGGCCUGCGUGGAACACGCUCAGCUGAAUUCCAGCUUCUACAACUGGAAUCUUCUGCCUGCCCUGCCUGACAGGUAUACCCCACCCCUACCGCCAGACGGUAUACAGCCUGCACCAGGAGCACACACUCUCGAGAACGCGCGUGCCAUCCUGGAACGCUGCCUGCCCUCGAUUGAUGCAAUUGUUCGGAAGGUCAGGGAGGCGAAAGAGGACUAUUCGCGGUCACUUCAGCACUCGCGGUCAGGUCAGAAGAAGAAGAAAAAACAUGAACCCGAGCUGGACGUGUUAUACGUGAUGUCGAACGACCGUACGGAGUGGCUACAUGCGCUGCUAGACGAUUUGAAGGAAGACGGAAAUUGGGCGCUUAUUGUGGUGAACAGAGACCUUAAGAUGAGCCCUCAGCAGAAGGACGUUGGCGUCGCCGUGGACAUGGACAUUGGCCGCAGGGCGGCUGUUUUCAUUGGCAAUGGGUGGUCGUCUUUCACGAGCAACGUAGUGCAUAGAAGGCUGGCGGACGGCAAGGCGCCUAUCAGCAUCCGAUUUUGGUGA